CAUACUAUUGUUUGUACAGAUGAAUGUGGUACCUUCAGGCGUUUGGAAAUUGCUCCCAAGGAUGAACCAGACUUGUGGAGGUCUACAAUUCUUUUUCCUGAGGUCUUUGCUGAUUUCUUUUGAUUUUCCCAUGAUGUCAAGCAAAAAAGCACAGAGUUUGAAGGUAGUGUUCACCAGGCCCCACCAUGCUGAGUUUCCUCCGCCGGACGCUGGGUCGGCAGUCCAUCCGUAAGCAUGCUGACAAGGCCCGGUUGAGAGAGGCCCAGCGGGCCACCACACACAUCCCUGCUGCCGGGGACUCCAAGUCUGUCAUCACCUGCUGUGUGUCAAUGCUGGACGGCACAGACGUCAGUGUGGACCUAGCGAAAAAAGCCAAGGGUGAGGAGCUGUUUGACCAGGUCAUGUACCAUCUGGACAUCGUAGAGAAGGACUACUUCGGACUACGCUUCAUGGACUCUGCACAAGUACCGCAUUGGCUUGACAUUACAAAAAGCAUUAAAAAACAAGUCAAAAUCGGACCUCCAUACUGCCUUCACAUGAGAGUUAAGUUCUACUCCUCAGAACCCAACAACCUGCACGAGGAGUUGACCAGAUAUCUAUUUGUAUUACAAAUAAAGCGAGACCUCCUCAGUGGCAAGUUAGAAUGCCCUUUGGACACAGCAGUGGAACUGGCAGCCUUCUCGUUACAAGCUGAGCUGGGAGACUGUGACCCUGCAGAGCAUGCUCUGGACAUGGUGUCUGAGUUCCGCUUCAUGCCAGAGCAGACUGAGGCCAUGGAGCUGGCCAUCUUCAACACCUGGAAGGAGUGCAGGGGCCAGAUGCCGUCGCAGGCAGAGAUUAACUACCUGAACAAAGCCAAGUGGCUGGAGAUGUAUGGGGUGGACAUGCACAUGGUCAAGGCUCGAGAUGGUAAUGAAUACCAGUUAGGACUGACUCCCACUGGAGUGCUGGUGUUUGAGGGAGAGACCAAAAUAGGCCUGUUCUUCUGGCCCAAGAUCACCCGUCUAGACUUUAAGAAGAGCAAGCUGACCCUGGUGGUGGUGGAGGAGGAUGGAGAAGAGGCUCAGGAGACAGAAGAGGGCAAAGAGCAGCAGCACACGUUUGUGUUCCGUAUGGACCACCCCAAGGCUUGUAAGCACCUGUGGAAGUGUGCUGUGGAACACCAUGCUUUCUUCCGGCUCCGCGGCCCCGUCCAGAAGGGCUCAGCGCGAUCCGGGUUCAUCCGCAUGGGGUCACGCUUCCGCUACAGUGGGAAGACUGAGUACCAGACCACCAAGGGCAACAAAGCCAGGAGGUCAGUAUCGUUUGAGAGGAGGCCCAGCCGACGCUACUCCAGGAGGACCAUGAUGAACCGGGGAGCCAACAAACCCCAGGAUCACAACAACGGAAUGAGCCCCAACACAGAUGCCAAGCCCCUCCACAUCAGAAGCCCCUGGUCCCUGCCGGUGGUCAGCCCUGCAUCCUCAGGCUCCACCAGCAGACCUAUGAAAAUCGAAACCCUCCCCAGGAGUUCUGGCGGUGGCCAAUCGGAGAAGAGGAGCAUGGCCUUGCCACUCGUAGCCGAUCUGCUGGAGACAUGCGUUAAUGGCGUCACCCAUACACCCGUUCCCAUGGCUACAGCAGGCCUGUCUGAGGAGGCGGGGCUAAGCAUGGCCGCCUCCAGCCUCCCAGGGGAGGAGAAAGUCUCUCUUUCCGAGGCGGCAGCGCGGCUGAAGCAGCUGGAACUACGCAGUCUCUCGCUCCCUGUCCCUUCCAGAGCCAACCUCAACAUGAACAACCAGGAGGAUGUGGUGAAGCUCACAGAGGAGUGUCUGAACAGUGUGGCUAGCAGCUCUGUACCUUCUCCACUUCGCCCCCCAGAGGACCUGAAGAGGAACAUUAUCAAAGCCCAGGCACAGGCUGCCCUCAAGAGCUCCCUGGAGGAGCACGUUGUGAUGGGGGACAAGAACACCAAUGUACAGGAAGCUGCAGCCAGUGUUGAGAUGUUGGCUAUGGAUCUCAUUCAAUCAGCACCUAUGAUCCCCCUUGAAAUACUUAACGGAGGGCAACCAACAAAGGCCGAACCUGAGGAGCUGAAGAUGCCCACCCCUCCGUCACUGCGGGCCCCGCUGAGCAGUAACCUGAUAGACUUCUCAGACCCAACCCCAGUAUUACCGCCAUCAUCAGUGCAAUCCAAGCCCAUGAUAUCACCUCGCUGGAUCAUCCCUGCUGCUGCACCACUCACUGCCAUCUUUACUAACGGCCUCUUUGACCUUGACCCCUCUGCAAAGACCGCCGCCCCUCUCCAACCUGAAUGGGGGGCUCUCACCCCAGCCCUGCACCCCCGUCUCUUCUCUCAAAUGCACAAUGUGAUUGACACCAGCAUUCUGGCCCAGCCACCCAAAGAGCACGGCACCAAGCACAAAGGUCUGUUGACCACUGAGCUCUGAGUGGGAACCAGGGAGGGAGCUUCUACCCUCCUCACAACGAAUACUUCCUACUCCUGGUGUUUCCAAACUAGGGGACUACUUCCUACCCUGAGCACAUUCAUCUCCUACUGCGUUCCCAAACCUGGGGGAAGUUCCUGCCCUAGUGACAACCAGUAUCUCCUACUGCGUUCCCAAACAAUUCCCAAACCAGCAGCAAUCAAGAGAUUGGAUCAUUGGAAUUCCUCGUCUCACUAUAUUCUAGUUUGGAGCAGUGUUUUUAUUUUAGUACCACCGUUGGUUCACUGCUUCUUGUCAUAAGCAUUCCUACAAAGUGCACAGACUCCCUUUUAGAAAUGUUUAAAGCAGGAAGGGACUGCAAUAAGUGCUAAGGAAGAGGACAUCUGUUCCUCAAGCCACUGAAUUACAUUGGAGCACCUGGACCUGAACUCUGAGAAGAUAUGAAACACUGGAGCACCUGGACCUGGACUCUGAGAAGAUAUGAAACACUGGAGCACUGGAUGUGGACUCUGAGAAGAUAUGAAACACUGGAGCACUGGAUGUGGACUCUGAGAAGAUAUGAAACACUGGAGCACUGGAUGUGGACUCUGAGAAGAUAUGAAACACUGGAGCACUGGAUGUGGACUCUGAGAAGAUAUGAAACACUGGAGCACUGGAUGUGGACUCUGAGAAGAUAUGAAACACUGGAGCACUGGAUGUGGACUCUGAGAAGAUAUGAAACACUGGAGCACUGGAUGUGGACUCUGAGAAGAUAUGAAACACUGGAGCACUGGAUGUGGACUCUGAGAAGAUAUGAAACUAUGACUUUCUACUGAUGGUUUUCUGUCCUGUUUUUUAAUUUUUUUAAAUUUUAUUUAGUCAUACAGAGUGAAUCCAUCAAGUACCAGUGUUCAGUUAGGACCUGGUGCUCACUAGACGUUUCUGAAUCUGAUUUAAGACUCAGUUAUCAGAGACAACAGCAAUAUGUAGAAUGCAGGCAUGAAUUUAGCCACAUCUAAAAUGUUAUUCCUAUUUUGUAUCCAUAUAAAAACGCUGUAGCUACAACCUGCCUUAAGCUAGCAGAAUGUUAAAUUAUGAUCGCAUAACUUUACACAGUAAGGAAAUACUAUCACUACUAUUACCAAUACUAUCACUACUGUUACUAAUCCUACCACUACUAUUAGUAAUACUAAUACUACCACUAUUACUACUGUAUCUAGGCCUAUACUGUACUUUAGUUUUUCAUCUUACUGAGUCCACUGCUUACAACUGGAGUGUCUGUGUGAUGGUAAUAUCUAAUCAUGUAGUCUUACCACUGUUUCUGGCUGUGGUCAUCAAUGACAGGUGACAUGACUCAUAGGCCUAUUUCCUCUGUCAGCCUAUCACAAACUCUCUCCAUUGGUUCUUUUCCACACUAAGCCAAUCACAUACAGGAUCUCUGGUGGUAGGAAGUUGUCAGUCAACUGUAUUAUUCACUAACGUAAGAUGUAAUUAAAUGUAUUUUAGAUAUCAGAUGGGCGGUAGAUCAGAAGUAGGUAUUUGCAAGACGAUAUGCAGUAGAGGUAAAAGCAGAAUACCUUUUCAAAUACAAUUAAUUUGAACAAGUGAUCUGUGAGCAACACCCAUCUCAACGGAAAGACUUAAAACACAUCACGUUUAGUUUUUUAACUUAAAAUAGCCACUCUGAGAAGAUGUGAAGUGUUCUCUCUCUGUGUCAUGAAUAUAAACUCAGCAAAAAAAGAAACGUCCUCCCACUGUCAGCUGCAUUUAUUGUCAGAAAAUUUAACAUGUGUAAAUAUUUGUAUGAACAUAAGAUUCAACAACUGAGACAAACUGAACAAGCUCCACAGACAUAUGACUAACAGAAAUGGAAUAAUGUGUCCCUGAAUAAAAGGGGGGGGGUCAAAAUCAAAAAGUAACAGUCAGUAUCUGGUGUGGCCACCUGCUGCAUUAAGUACUGCAGUGCAUCUCCUCAUGGACUGCAACAGAUUUGCCAGUUCUUGCUGUGAGAUGUGGCCCUCACCCUCUGAUUCAACAGGUUCCAGACAUGCUCAAUGGGAUUGAGAUCCGGGCUCUUCGCUGGCCAUGGCAGAACACUGACAUUCCUGUUUUGCAGGAAAUCACACACAGAACGAGCAGUAUGGCUGAUGGCAUUGUCAUGCUGGAGGGUCAUGUCAUGAUGAGCCUGCAGGAAGGGUACCACAUGAGGGAGGAGGAUGUCUUCUCUGUAACGCACAGAAUUGAGAUUGCCAGCAAUGACAACAAGCUCAGUCCGAUGAUGCUGUGACACACCGCCCCAGACCAUGAUGGACCCUCCACUUCCAAAUCGAUCCCGCUCCAGAGUACAGGCCUUGGUGUAACGCUCAUUUCUUUGAUGAUAAACGCGAAUCCAACCAUCACCCCUGGUGAGACAGAACCGCAACUCAUCAGAGAAGAGCACUUUUUGCCAGUCCUGUCUGGUCCAGCGACGGUGGGUUUGUGCCCUUUGGCAAUGUUGUUUCCGGUGAUGUCUGGUGAGGACCUGCCUUACGACAGGCCUACCAGCCUCUCUCAGCCUAUUGCGGACAGUCUGAGCACUGAUGGAGGGAUUGUGUGUUCCUGGUGUAACUCAGGCAGUUGUUGUUGCCAUCAUGUACCUGUCCAGCAGGUGUGAUGUUCAGAUGUACCGAUCCUGUGCAGGUGUUGUUACAUGUGGUCUGCCACUGUGAGGAUGAUCAGCUGUCCAUCCUGUCUCCCUGUAGCGCUGUCUUAGGCAUCUCAGUCAGGACAUUGCAAUUUUUUGUCCUGGCCACAUCUGCAGUCCGCAUGCCUCGCAGCACGCCUAAGGUACAUUCACACAGAUGAGUAGGGACCCUGGGCAUCUUUCUUUUGGUGUUUUUCAGAGUCAGUAGAAAGGCCUCUUUAGUGUCCUUAAGUUUUCAUAACUGUGACCUUAAUUGCCUACCGUCUGUAAGCUGUUAGUGCCUUAACGACUGUUCCACAGGUGCAUGUUCAUUAAUUGUUUAUGGUUCAUUAACAAGCAUGGGAAACAGUGUUUAAACCCUUUACAAUGAAGAUCUGUGAAGUUAUUUGGAUUUUUACGAAUUAUCUUUUGAAAGACAGAGUCCUGAAAAAAGGGACGUUUCUUUUUUUGCCGAGUUUAUAAACUAAUUUGCCUGGCAAGAACAUUCUUUGUCAUAUUAUUGAAUUGCAUCUGCAUCAGAGAUUGUAGAGAUGGUGAUUGACCAAAAUGAGUGGUCUUUUUUAAAAGCUCUGAGAGGAAACUUUUCUCAGUUUAAACAUACCACUUUUUUUCUCUGCUGUUAGAAAUUGUGCUUCACCAUGUAAGUGCACCUGUGCUGUAGCUCUCGUACCUUAAUUUAUUCCUCUUUUUGUAAGAGCACCUUUGUUAUUCGCACUGUAUUUAAGUGUAUUGUAGAUGUAAAAAAAAAACUGCUCUAGAUAGUCACCAUACCAAUUUUGUAUCUUGUAUGUACAUUGAACGUAAUUACUUUUUAAAGGAUAUGUAGGCUAGUAUGCCAGUAGUAAUUUUGUACAAUGUAGUAAAUUCUGUAAGUUAAAAAAAAAGUAUUAUAAAAAUUUUAAAAACGUG